AUGAACGGCCCCCCCAUCAUGAUCAUGUACCGCGCCCUGGACACCCCCAAGGCCACCGUCCGCGGCAACAACUCCUGGCUCAACCUGCUCCAGUUCCGCCUGGUGCCAUACUACAUGAUGGGCCUCAUUGUCAUCAAAGACGUCCAGCUCUACGGAGUGACGUCAGCGGCGGGCCUGGCGGGGGUGAUCGUGGGGGACCAGCUGUCUAAGCGCAUGGGUCAGAGGGUGUUCCAGCAAGUGUUGGGUGUGCUGAUGGUGCUCUGCUGCGUGCUGAUGUUUGCGAGCGGCCUGGGGCUGGUGGCUUGA